AUGCCCUUGGCAUGUCUGCAAGCCGUGUUGCCUAGCAGUGCUACUUCUUUCUGCCUUUUUAUAUGUGUCAAGAAGAGCCUUAACGCAGCCAGCAAGAGCCAUGACUGUGGCUCGCUGGUUGGGUGGGCACAGCCGGCGGUCAACCACAUGUACUGGUGUGCGACGGCGAGCCGGGGCAACCCUGACCUGCUGGUGGGUGCCUGGUCGAGCAUGACAAGGCACGUGGUCGACGUCCAUGCAGACCACCCCGGGAUGUACACCAAGUGCCUUCAUGAGCCCAUCGAAGAUGGUGAAUGGCUGGUGCCAGACACACCUGCCCAUGCCAGGUUUGUGGACGUCGUGUCCAGCAAGUCCCUACUCAAGGACCUGCGCCAGCUUUCCCCUGACACACAAACCUAUGGAUUGGAAUCUUUCCAUAGUGUGCUCAACCGCUUUGCACCCAAGUGGGCUGCCUUUCGCACAAAAGGCAUGCUCGCCAGAUUACGUCGGAAAGCUCGUGGCUCGGGCCGUGGCAAUCUGCAAGGACAUCGGACCUCUGAGGGAGGUCUUCAAGCUUGAUGCGAGGACGCCGCGUCUGCCAAACCUGAACCGGAGCUGCGACAGACCACCAAAGGAGGAUCUGGUUGCUGCCAGAAUCAGCCGUUUUGGAAAGAAGGCGCCCAACGCAACGGAGUAAUGGUUUGCUUUGCAAGCACAAUACCAGCGCACUCCACUUGCUGGUUGAGUUCUUGUUGCAGUUGGGGCUGUUGUAACAUGAGAUGGAGUGGGGCUCUGGUCGCUCGCACUGUGUAUUUGAGGAAGCUGGCAUUUUGCCUGACGACUUUUCCGUUUCGAGAUGCCUUGAUGCAGGAUCCUCGGAAUGAGAUAACAGUGAAAGACCUGGGGUCAUAAAAUGGGGUAGAUUUGUUGUGCUGCUGUUCUCUGCAGAGCGCGAGUUGACUUGAAAUGAAGUUGUACGUUUGUGCGUAAUGUCACUUGUUGACAUAUGCCUUGUCGUAUCUUUUCCUCGCUGCAUCUGUUUGUUGUGCCUCGAUCUCGGUGUAGCCUUUGUCACCAGGGUUAGGAAGUACUGGUAACAUGUUGCACACUUCCCAGUUCUUUGACAGAUGAG